CUGGUGGACACUCCUGUAAAGAAAACCAGAAACUCUGUGAUGAGGAAGAAAUAGUUGACAACCAAGCUUUGGAACCCAAAAGUGACUUUUUUUUGUAAAACUUUUAAAGUCGUCAUUAUAAAGACUACAGUCCCACGAAACCGUAACAAUGUCGGGAUCGUCCAGCAUCGUAGCGAUGAAGAAAGUCGUCCAACGGUUACGCCAGGAAGCUGGCAUACACAGAGUUAAGGUGUCACAGGCCGCAGCAGACCUGCAGCAGUUCUGCCUUCAGAACGCCCAGCAGGACCCUCUGCUCACCGGCAUGUCGUCCAGCAACAACCCGUUCAGACCGCAGAAAGUCUGCUCCUUUCUAUAGCACCGGCACACGGAGCCUCUUCCUCCGGUUUCGGACAUUGUGUUGCCUUGUUGGAACUGGACUGCAGGACCUGCGCUGUGGACUGGAACGGCCUCAGUAGCAUUUGUGAAUUUUUGGGACGAGCAACUACAUUUUUUUUUUUUUUUUACUUUUGUCUUCGUAGAAUCUCACACGGACACACAUUUUCAGGUGGUUAUGUGGCACGAUAUUAGUCUUGACCUACUUGCUUUGAAGUAACUAACCCACACAUGUGCCUUUUUAAUUGUACAUUUUUCAUUCCUGAUUGAGAAUAAAUGGCAUUUCCACAUUUUAAACAUGUUUUUAUUAAAAUGAGUCUAUGCCUUUUGAAAUGUGUUCAAUGUGUCUAUUAUCAAAUACAAAAAGCUGCUGCACUGUAGACACGAUUUGAACCAUGUAACCAUUUGCAGAAACUGUUGCACUGAUAUCAUCUGCACAGACCAGGAUGUAAUAGGUCUGCAUGUAUGGCAGUCUGACAAUGACUUAUUCAUUUUGGGCCACAUUCAUAGAGUUUGUUUAGAUACAUUUGAAAGGAACUGCACAUAUGCGAGUACAACUCUCAGAGACACUUGCAUUCAGGUUAUUCAGAUUCAUGUACAGAGCCAGUAUGUCUCCUCUCUGGUGUCUCCCAGACUAAAGUCUUUGUGAUGAGCUGCAGGCUCCUGUCCCACACUUGGCCUGCAGAUGCAGCUUUAUAGAAGUCGUUUUCAGAGUGAGUUUCAAUCUUCAACAAUGUGAUAUUUAAAAAAAAAAAAAAAAUCCAGCAGUCGGUGUUGUCAUCAUGUUGAAAGGAGUUCAAUAGUUGAAAGGAGAAGUGAUAACUAGUCGUCCACAAAGAAUCUGGAUGUCCACUCUAAAGUCCAUUUGUGGAAAGCCACAAACUGCAGUAAUAUCUUUGUCCUGCUGGUUGUUAUUUUGCAUUUAAAGUUGGAACUUUCGUCUGCAGGCAUCCAUCUCAUGGC